AUGGAAAAAUAUAGUAAGGUGGUUAAAAAAAAUGAAGCACUUAUGAAUUCUUCUUCAAUGGAAGGAUCAGAUUAUAAAAAAAUUUCAAUGAAAGAUGGUGUAUAUAUAAAGAAUUGUAAUUUAAAUAAUACAUAUAAUAAUAAUAAUAAUAGAUGUGUUGUUAAGAGGAGUUUUAUGCCUAUUGAAACAUAUGAAGAUAUAAAAAAAAAAGAUAUAAAUGAGAAUUAUUAUAAUAAUUAUAUUAAUUAUGAUUGUCAACAUCAUAAUAAUAUAUUUACCAAUUACACAAACGAUAAUUACAAUACAAACUGUUUAAAAAAAUAUGAUAAUCUCAAUAAAUAUUAUAUGAUACCAAACAAUAAGAAUAAUGAACAUACAUAUGAAUAUCCCAAUUAUCAUGUUAACAAUAAAUUAAAACAUAAAAAUAUAAAUAAACAUUUUAAUGAUACAUAUAUAUAUAAAACAUCAGAAUAUAAUUAUAAACAUGUCAUAAAUAAAGACACACCUUAUAAUAUAUAUCCUAUUCAUAAUAAUAUACCUUAUAUUCAUAAUAUGAAAAAUACUCAUAUAAUAAAAAAUAAAAAUUGUGAAUUCAAGGAUAUCUCACAAAAUUUAUAUCUUUCUUCUAAUCCUUAUAUUUCGUUAGACUCAUAUGACAACAUAUAUGCUCCUCAAAUGGUGAAGUACCCAAUUAAUUUAAAUGAAAAUAUUUUUAUGAAUACAAAAAAAAAGAAUUCUUAUUCAGUGCAAAUAUACAAACAAAUAAAUAAUAAUAAUAUGGAUAGUCACAUGAAUAAAAUGAAUGAACACAUCCAUGAUGAGGGAAGAAAAAAUUAUGAAUUAAAAGAAUAUCCUCAUUAUAUAUACCAAUAUAAUGGUAAUAUGACCAACAUUUAUGAUAUAAAGGAUAAUAUUUGUGAGUUAGAUAAGAAACAAAGUAUAUCAUGUCAACUGGAAGGGAGCGACAAUAAAAUGGAUGAUAGUAAGGAUAGCAUGAAAGGAAACAUUAAUGAUAUAAAUAGGGAUGACAAAAAUAAAAAUACUAAUAAUGAUGAUAAUAAAAAUACUAAUAAUAAUGAUGACAAUAAAAUCACAAAUAAUGAUGAUAAUAAUAAUAUAUGUAAUAUUACUAUGUGUGAUGAAAAAAAUAAUUUUAUGGAAUGGAUGUCACAUAACAAACUGAUGAAGAAUAUUGUAGCUUCAUAUAAUGAGAAUAUAAAUAUAGAAAACCAUGGUUUAUUCAAUUUAUUAUUUGAUAUAUAUGGAUUUAAUAAAGAUAUUUUCAAAGAAUAUUUAUUAAAUAAUAAUGAAGAGACAAUAAAAGAUGUUAUAAAAAAUAUACUUGAUGAAUUAUCGAAUGAAAAGAAUAAUAAAAUAUCAGAAAAAUUAAUUUUUUUAAAAUAUUUAUUUAAUGAGUAUGGUCAUACAGAAUAUCCAAAUUUAAUAUCUUUAAAAAAUUUUAAAUUAAUUUUUAAAAAUUAUAAAAAUAUAUUUUCUUCAGACAAAAUUGUAUUAUUUAUAUUUAAUUGUUUAGAUAGAGGAAAAAGAUAUCAUAUAACACAAACAGAUUUUAUUAUUGGUAUGCUUGCAUGUAGCCCUCAAAUUAAUAAUGAUAUUUCUGAUGAUACAGGCAAAUUACGUCAUCAAUUAAUUUUUAGAGCAUACGAUUUAGAUAGAGAUGGAUAUCUCAAUGAUAAUGAGUUUCUUGUUUUCUUAUAUCAUAUUUAUGAACUCUCAAAAAAUUUACAAUAUUCAAAAUUAAAAAAUGAUAAAAAGAAAUUGAAAGAAUUUGUUAUAAAAGAGAAAAAUAAAAUUAUGAAAGAUAAACAAAAAAUAAGUUAUGAUUUAUUUUAUCAUCUAGUUCUUACUAAACAAAUUCAAGGCACUACAAAUUUACUCAGAUCUAAUUAUGAUGUAUCUUCAGUUGUCAAAAAAUAUUUUCUUUACACAUAUGCUAAAAAUUUUAUAUCAGACACAUAUAUUAAUAUGGAUACCUCUUUCUUUAUAACCACAAGAAAGAAUAUUCAAAAUGGAAAAGAGAAAGCAUUAAAUUUGAUAAAUGGUCAAUGUGAUAUGGAUAUUAUAAAUCAUGAUAAAGUCAUAAGUAAUGACGAAGACAAUGAAAAGGAUAAUUAUGUGACAAACAAGGAUGAUAAGGUAGAUGAAGAAAAAAAAGAAACACAUAUUGAAGAUAAUUCGGAAGAUAAUUCUGUAGAUAAUUCUGUAGAUAAUUUUGUAGAUAGUAUAUCAAAUAAUAACAGUUAUGCUGAUGUAAACAAAUGCAUGGUCGAAAUGAAUAUUCCAUGCGAUGAAUAUGAAAAGAAUGUAGAAGAGAACCCAUCUGAAUGUAUACGUGAAAUGAUUCAUUCAGAAAAUGAAGAAGCAGAAGGGUGUGUAGAGAUAAAGGAGGAGAUAAAAGGAGAAGAGAAGGUUACAAAAAAUGUGGAUGAAACAAAGGGAGAUGUUAUAAGUAUAGAUGAAACAAAUAAUGAUAAUAUAAUUACAAAAGACAAAAUGACAAAUCAAGAUCUUUUAUAUGAUAACAAUAAUGAUAAUGAACAUAUAAAAAACAAUUCAUCAAAUGAGGAAUAUCUUACUAACCAAUUAAAGGAUCAGAUAAAUAGCUGCAAUGAAAAAGAAGAUAAUUUAAAAAAAACUGAAAAUUUAGAUGAAGAAGAUAUAGCUCAAAAUUGUAGUAAUAUAUCAUAUCUUCCAAAUAACAACAAUAAUAAUAAUAUUGUGAAUUUAAGUGGUGUGGAUAUACAAAAUGGUAAUGACGAAAGAAAUGUAAUAUAUAAUAUGAAUGAUAAUUUAUAUGAUAAUGUUGCCAAAGAUAGAUAUAAUCAUUUCGAACAUGAUCAGAAAUAUAUAAAUAAUACAAAAAAUAUCAAUGAAAAUAAUAAUAAUAAUAAUAAUAAUAAUAAUAAUGAUAGUAUAAAUAAUAGUAAUGAUAAUAUAUAUUGUAAUACAAAUGUAUCAUAUAACAAUAUUAAUAAACCUAUUAGUAAUAAUAAAAAUAUAGAAAAUGAUAAGAAAAUAUUCCCCUCAUAUAAUGAACAAAAUAAUUUAAUAAAUAUGAAUAAAAAAUUACCACAUUUUGGAAGAAGAGAAGAUAUACAAUAUAACAUGAUUAACAAUAAAGAAUUACAUAUAGAACAUAUUAUAGAAGAUAAAAUAGAAAGAAUUAAAAUAUUAGUCAAAAUAUAUAGAGAAAAAUAUAUUACAGAUCAUAGAUUAAAUACAUUAAAUCAAGAUAUAGCAUUCAAAAUAUUUAGUAUCUUUUAUAAAGUAUGUUAUGGAAAAAAAAGACAUACAUAUACAUCCUUCUUUGAAAAUUUUCAGAUAUGUACAUACAAUGAUAUUCUUCUUUUAUGUGAUGAAGUUGCUAAAUUAUUUAAAAUUGAAAACUCAUUAGAAGAAAAUGUUUCUUUACCUUGUAAAGUUUUUGGUGAUAUACAUGGAAAUUUAUAUGAUAUAUUGGACUUUUUUAAUUUAUAUAAUUGGCCUAUGCAUAAUAAUAAAAAUUUAUUACUCACUGAAACAGAUUUAAGAAAAUUUGAAUAUAUGAAUAAUGAUAAAAAUAUAAAUGUAGAUAAAAAGAAUGAUAUACAAUAUAAUGAUAAUGAUAUUAAAUAUAUCUUUUUAGGAAAUUUAAUAAAUAGAGGUAAUUAUUCUUUAGAAGUUAUUUGCUUGCUAUUCAGUUUAAAAAUUUUAUUUCCAAAACAUAUUUAUCUUUUAAGAGGUAAUCAUGAAGAUAGAUUAUUUAAUUAUAUUUAUGGAUUCUAUAAAGAUAUCGAAAUAAAAAUGAAAACUAAUAUGGAAUAUAUGGGUAUUAUAAAUUAUCAAGAACAAGUUAUUUCUGCUCAUUCAUAUGAACUAUUCAAUAGAAUUAAUGAUGUUUUUGAAUUCUUCCCAUUAGGUGUUUUAUUAGAUAAAAAUAUCUUAUGUAUACAUGGUGGUAUAGGUGAUAGUGUUAUGACUAUUUCAGAUUAUCAACAUAUACAUAAACCUAUUUUAAUUCCACAAAAUGUAGAUAGAUAUAGUAAUAAUAAAAGCGAACGUGUCAAAAAAAUUAUUAUUGAUACUCUGUGGUCUGAUCCUAUUAAUUAUAAUGAUGAACUAGAUUUACAAUUAUUAAAAAAUUCAGCCACUUAUGAUAUAAUACCAUCCAGAAGAGGAAAUAUCACAUUCAAAUUUGGAAAACAUAGACUUAAUGAUUUCUUAAAAAAUAAUCAACUCAAAUUAAUUAUAAGAGGACAUGAAUGUGUUCAAGAAGGAUAUAAAUAUAAUUACAAAAGAAAAUUGCUAACCCUCUUUUCAGCACAAAAUUAUUGUAACAAAUAUAAAAAUAAUGCAUCCAAUGCAUUCAUUGUCAAAAAAAAUAAAAAUAUUAUUAUCUUUAACCAAAUAUUAAAAUAUCAACAAAAUUGUAAUAUACCCAUAAACAAUCAAAAUGAACAACUCACCAUAAAUCAGUUAACAAAAAAUCAUAUUUAUAAUCAUAAAGAGAAUGAUAUGCAAACCUCUCCACUUUUUAACAAUAGACAUCUCACAAAGAAAACAUUUGCUUCUCAAGGAUAUUUGUCAAAAUGUGAUGAACAACUGGAUGAUCAAUUGAACAACAAAUGUUCUAGAAAAAAUUAUCCAGAUGAGAAUAAAUAUUUGAACAUUGGUGUGGAUAAAAAUGAUAUGAACGGUUCAGGAGAUAAUGAAAAUUUUAACAAUGAUGUGGAUAAAAAUGAUAUGAACGGUUCAGGAGAUAAUGAAAAUUUUAACAAUGAUGUGGAUAAAAAUUAUAUGAACAGUUCAGGAGAUAAUAAAAAUUUGAACAAUAUAGAUAAAAAUGAUAUGAACAGUUCAGGUGAUAAUAAAGAAGAUCUUAAUAAUAGUAGCAGUGUGCCCACGACUAACAUAAAUGAGCUUAAUAAAAAUGGUGGAAUAAGUAUUUGCGAAAAUGAAGUAUUGAUGAAUAAUAAAUAUAUGGUGGGUUCAAAUAUGAGUGAACAAAGUAGAGACAGUGUUGAAAAUGUGGCUAGUAAUAAUAACAUGGAAAUAAAUACAGUAAAUCAAAUAAGUAAAGGUAUAAUAAAAAAAAAGUGGAGAGACACAAGAACGAAUCAGAAUUUGAAUUCGAAUAAAAUUAAUAGGAAUAACAAUUCGGAAGUGACUAAUAUUAUGGGAUCUGUUAAUAUGUGUAAAGAAGUUGAAUAUGAAGAAGAUGAUAAGAUAAAAGAGGAGGUACAAAGGGUCGAACAAAACGAUAUACAAAAUGGUGUACAUAAUAUUUCAAUGAAUGAGAUAAAUAGUGAUAAAAUAAAAAGUAAUAAUAUUAAUGAUAAUACAUAUGAUAAGAAUGAUUCAACAGUAUUUUCUUUUGAACAUAAAAAAGAAUAUGAUGAAAAAGAACAAAGAAACUUGGAAAGAGCAGAUUCUGAAAAAAAGAAAAAUGUAAAUGAUGAUUAUGAAUUUUAUAGUUAUGAUGAAAUAUAUAUUAAUAGUUUAAUAAAUAGUAAAAUAUGGGAUAAAAAUGAUGAUGAUUAUAAAAUAAUAGAAAGGAAAGAUACAAAUGAUGAGUUAUAUAAAAUCGAAGAUGAAUUACAAAAACAAGUUAAUAUACAUAAUGUUAUAAAUGAAUUCUUUAAUAAUGAAGAAAUUUAUCAAGAAAAAACAGAUAGUAAUUAUAACAUGUCAAAUGAAAAUGAUAGUAUAUCAGGAGAUAAUGAAAAUUCAAAAAAAAACUAUUAUUCAAAAUUAUCAAAAAUGAAUGAAAUGUAUAAUAAUACAGAUAAUGAUUGUGAUAAAAGAGAAGAGAAAAUGAGCGACAUGAAUUCUAUAGAUUUCAUAAAUGAAUUGACAUCAAAGUCAUUAGAUUUUAUGAUGCCACCUAAUUUAGGUUUAGGUAAUAGAACUCAAUUAAAAAAGGAUAUGAGCAUAAAGGAAAAUAAUAAGGAUCAAAGGAAUACUGUUACUACCUUGAAAUCAUUAAGAGGGGACAAUAAUAUAAAGGAUUCACCAAAUAAGAUGCAAAUGCAGUGCUUGCCACCUGAUCCAAAACCUCAAACAAAAAUUACUUUUCAAAAAAGUUUAGAGAAAAUUAAUGAUUCGUAG